CGUUCUGAUUGGUCGAGUGGUGGAAUUUUCUAGAAGCAUCAUCGACCCUGCUUAAAAGCCGGCCAUUUUGUCAUUCCUCCUGAUUCCAUUUCCGUUGCUGAAGCCGAAAACACAUCUAAAAAUCGUCUAAUUUUCCUCAAAAACUCAAGAAAAACUCAAAAUGGCUAAAGCACCCGCUGUUGGUAUCGAUUUGGGAACCACCUACUCGUGUGUGGGAGUUUUCCAGCAUGGAAAAGUGGAAAUCAUCGCCAACGAUCAAGGCAACAGGACCACACCUUCUUAUGUCGCCUUCACCGACACCGAGCGCCUCAUUGGAGACGCCGCCAAGAACCAGGUCGCCAUGAACCCCAAUAACACAAUUUUUGAUGCCAAACGUCUUAUUGGGCGUCGAUUCGACGAUCCCGCCAUUCAAGCCGACAUGAAACAUUGGCCUUUUGAUGUGCUCAACGACGGCGGUAAACCGAAAAUUAAAGUCGAAUAUAAAGGCGAAUCAAAAACUUUCUAUCCUGAAGAAAUCAGUUCAAUGGUCCUAACGAAAAUGAAGGAAACGGCUGAAGCCUACUUGGGAAAGUCGGUUACAAAUGCGGUUAUAACCGUACCGGCUUAUUUCAACGAUUCACAAAGACAAGCUACUAAAGAUGCCGGUACCAUUUCCGGUUUGCAAGUUUUGCGUAUUAUUAAUGAACCAACGGCCGCUGCUAUUGCCUAUGGUUUAGAUAAGAAAGGUCAAGGUGAAAGAAACGUCUUGAUCUUUGAUUUGGGCGGUGGUACUUUUGAUGUAUCCAUUUUGACCAUUGAAGAUGGUAUUUUCGAAGUCAAGUCAACAGCUGGUGAUACGCAUUUAGGAGGUGAAGAUUUCGAUAAUCGUAUGGUCAAUCAUUUUGUACAAGAAUUCAAGAGAAAGUACAAGAAGGAUUUGACGUCGAAUAAGCGUGCGUUACGUCGUUUGAGGACAUCAUGCGAAAGAGCAAAACGUACACUUUCUUCAUCGACUCAAGCUAGUAUCGAAAUCGAUUCGUUAUUCGAAGGUAUCGAUUUCUAUACUUCGAUCACCCGUGCCCGUUUUGAGGAACUCAAUGCUGACUUGUUCCGUUCUACUAUGGAACCAGUGGAGAAGUCAAUCAGAGAUGCCAAAAUGGAUAAGAGUCAAAUUCAUGAUAUUGUCUUGGUAGGAGGAUCCACACGUAUUCCUAAAGUACAAAAACUCCUUCAAGACUUUUUCAAUGGUAAAGAAUUGAACAAAUCGAUUAAUCCUGAUGAAGCUGUUGCGUAUGGAGCUGCUGUCCAAGCUGCCAUUUUGCAUGGUGACAAGUCGGAAGAGGUUCAAGAUUUGCUACUUUUGGAUGUUACUCCACUGUCUUUGGGUAUUGAAACAGCUGGUGGUGUUAUGACAGCUUUGAUUAAACGUAACACCACGAUACCAACCAAACAGACCCAAACUUUCACCACUUAUUCCGAUAAUCAACCUGGAGUGUUGAUCCAGGUGUAUGAGGGUGAAAGAGCUAUGACUAAAGAUAACAAUCUUUUGGGUAAAUUCGAAUUGACUGGAAUUCCACCAGCUCCACGCGGUGUUCCCCAGAUUGAAGUCACCUUCGAUAUCGACGCUAACGGUAUUUUGAAUGUCACAGCAAUUGAGAAGAGUACCAACAAGGAAAACAAAAUCACUAUUACUAACGAUAAGGGACGUUUGAGUAAGGAAGACAUUGAGAGGAUGGUCAACGAAGCUGAGAAGUACCGCAACGAAGAUGAGAAACAGAAGAGUACGAUUGCGGCAAAGAACGGGCUUGAGUCGUACUGUUUCAACAUCAAGAGUACUAUGGAAGAUGAGAAGGUCAAGGAUAAGAUUAGUGAUUCGGAGAGGCAGAGUGUCAUGGAUAAAUGCAAUGAAGUCAUCGCCUGGUUGGACGCUAAUCAAUUGGCCGAGAAGGAGGAGUACGAACAUAAGCAGAAGGAGUUGGAGAAUUUGUGUAAUCCCAUUAUUGCGAAGAUGUACCAAGGUGCUGGAGGUGCCCCAGGUGGGAUGCCCGGUUUUCCAGGAGCUGGAGGUGCUGCUCCAGGAGCUGCACCAGGAGCUGGCGGUGCCGGGCCCACCAUCGAAGAGGUUGACUAAAUCGAUGCUUCAUUCCAGUUUUUUUUACAGUAUUACACCAAAGUUUUUGUCCAGUUUUUUUCAAUAAAUUUGUUUUGAAUCCCA